AUGACGGCACCUGUAAAAACACAAUAGUGCUAUUAUUUAUUCAUGCCAGUCUAGACACACUCUUUAGACGUUAAGAUAAAUGUGUUUUUUUUUUAACUGACCUGAGAAAGAGAAUUGUGACGAACUGGAAGCGUUGGUUAGCUUGCUGGAUGUAAGCAAACACGCCAGACUUUCACAAACACUGCAGUAAACUGGUUGCUUUACGUCAGUUUUACGUCAAUAAACAGACAGUUUGUGGCACAACGUAUCCCGGAGUUUAAAUAGAUAAACUUCACUUUGUCUCAGCAACUCUUUGCUAACCUUACGGUACUGUUUGUUGGAUUUACACAUUCACUUUAUUUCUCAUUUCGCUCUAACAAGGUGACGCCGUGUGUGCUUCACAUGGUCUAACAAGAUCGAGCUAAAAGCAUCUCCACCACCAACAACACACUUUUCAGGGUCGCAGGUGUUGAUGGCCUCGAUGUGAGGCAGCACGGUGCAGGAUGGACAAACUUUCCGGGGGAGAGAAAGCCGCUUCCAGCAGGCUGAACCGCUGGGUGGACCCGUCCUUCACUGAAUUGCCAGGAGAAAGCUUUGCUGUGUCCAGAAGGAGAAAGGCUGUGAGCUCCAAGGCUGAGGUGAAGAAGCCCAGGAAGAGGGCAGGAGAGGCAGGCAGCUUACAGCCCCCCACCCCCUCCCUGCUGAGAGAGUGUGCCCACAGGGACCAGGAUGAGUCCUGGGUGGACAGAUACUCGCCCCGUUCACAGGCUGAGCUGGCGGUCCACAAGAAGAAGAUCGAGGAAGUGGAGAACUGGAUAAAAGUUCACACAAACACAUCAAAGGGGGGUGUGUUGCUGCUGACGGGACCCUCGGGCUGUGGGAAGACUGCCACAGUCAAGGUUCUAUCUCUGGAGCUGGACCUCAGGGUUCAGGAGUGGACUAACCCCUCCAACCAGGAGCCGUACAGCAGCAGUCAGCAAGAAUGGAGGACGAAUGGUUUGUCCUUCACCUCCCAGUUAACCCAGUUCCAGGACUUCCUCCUCCGAGCAAACAAGUACAAGUGCCUGAAGAUGGUUGGUGAUGGAGGAGCUACAGACAGGAAGUUCAUACUGGUGGAGGAUUUCCCAAACCAGUUCUACAGGCAGCCUGGCAGCCUGCACGAUAUCCUCAGGCGCUUUGUGAAGACCAGUCGGUGUCCCCUGGUGUUCAUAGUGUCAGACAGUCUGAGUGGAGACAGCAGCUCUCGCUGUCUCUUCCCCAAGGAGAUUCAGGAGGAGCUGGACAUCGGCAGUAUCAGUUUUAAUCCAGUGGCUCCAACCACAAUGAUGAAGGUCCUCACUCGGAUUUCCACCCUGGAGGCAGGAAAGAGUGCUGGAAGGAUGUGCGUCCCUGACCUGGCCGUAUUGGAGACGCUGUGUUCAGGAAGCUCAGGAGAUGUUCGCAGUGCCAUCAACAGCCUCCAGUUUUCCUCCCUCCCAGACACGUCACUGGAGAAGGGGCUGUUGAGGAAGGACAGACAUGGAACAACACUGGGCAAAGCUGUUUCCAGAACAAACCAGAGGAAGAAGAGGUCCAAACAGAAAAAGGACCAGGAAGAGGAGCAGGCUAUUGGAGGGAAAGAUGCCUCUCUGUUCCUGUUCAGAGCACUAGGGAAGAUCCUGCACUGCAAACGAGGGAAACAAGAAGAUGCUGAAGUGGUCGAGUGUCCCCCUGGACCCCCUCUACCCUCCCACCUGUCUCAUCAUCACAGAGAAGCACUACUCGUGGACCCUGAGUAUGUUGUUGAGCGCUCACACAUGUCCGGGGAGUUCUUCAGCCUCUACCUCCACCAGAACUACCUGGACUUCUUCUCCGAGGUGGAGGAUGUGGACCGAGCCAGCGAGUAUCUCUCUGAUGCUGACCUCCUCAAUUCUGAUUGGACGAGUCGCAGCACCAUGGGGUAUUAUGGGUCUUCAGUGGCCACAAGGGGGCUCCUGCACUCCAACUCGCAGCAGGUUUCUGUCGGCUUCAGACCACUUCACAAACCCAACUGGCUGCUGGUCAACAAAAAGCACCGAGAAAACGGCCUGGCUGCUCAGUCUCUGUUCAGGAGCUUUUGCCUCACACCGCUCAGCCUGCAGACUGAGCUGCUGCCUUACCUGGCCAAACUCACCAACCCUCUGAGGAACCAAGCUCAGAUAGCUUUUAUCCAGGAUGUUGGUCACAUGUCGCUGAGGAGGCUCCCCGGCAGAUUAAAGUUGGAGGCUCUGACAGACAAAGAGCCAGCCCAACCGGAGGGAGACAGUGAGGAGGAAGAGGAGCAGAAAGUUGAAAGUCAGGGUGGGGUUGAGGAGGGACUGCCUGAAAGUCAGCCCCAACCUAGAACAAGCCAAGACCUUCUGGAGGAGGAGGAGCUGCUCAUAGAGGACUACAACAGUGACUAACACAUCCACUGUCAAACUGUGCCACAUUCACUUUUCACUGGAUGUUCCUAUGAAUGAGUUUUGGCUUGAUAUGGAGGAGGAUCAGCGACACGUGAACAAAAAAAAGUUAAGGUCUGAGAUUGACAAAUCAGGAAAAACAAUGUUACUUAUUUCCCCCUCAGAAUUCAAACCUUAAUCUUUGGUAAAUUUAGAUUGGUUUUCAAACAUACAUAUAACUGAACCUGUACUCCAUAGCGCGUUGAUGACUGUGAUACUAGCUCUGGUAUCACCAGGGUUUUUGCCUCGUUGAGAUGUCACCUGUAUAAGAUGAGAUUGUUUUUGUCUAAUAGAAGCUGUGAUUCUAAAGCUGGAAAACAGGCUCAUGAUGAUGUGAAAGCACAGGGAUUAAUUUCUCCUAAAGUGGCCCUUAAUAGUUCAGUUGUGCCAGUUGAAAUAUUGUCAGUAUUUAUUUGUGUGAAGUGAAUGUUCAGCACUUGUUAUUUCUUACUUCACAUCUCUUUGCUUUGCUGAGUGACUGUUUAACCUUAGAUGAACCUGUAAUGGAGAACCGUCUGUGAACAAGCCCAGCGCUAAACUGACAUGUUACAUUCACCGUGUUCCAUGGUUGGAUGGGAAAUUACAUUAAAUGCUUUUUGAUGUAUGAAAAGUUUAUUUCAAAAAUAACCAUGUGAAUUAAAAUGUAUGAAACUGA